AUGAGUUCUAGUGAUAGUGAUAGCGAUUUCGCCGAUUUUGAUAUUCCUGAAGAAUUGCUUAAAAGAGAGGAAGCACUUAAACAACGAAAUGCAGCAAUUGAAGAUCAAAUCAAAGGAUUAUUAAGAUCAACUUCGUUGGAAGAACCAUUACCUUUACCAGACAAAUUCACAUUAAAACUACCUGAACAAGAAAAUGCUGAUGACACAUUAAAUAAUUUCCUUAAAGAGCAAGAAAAACCAAAGCGUAAAAAUUUCGACUUAAAAUCAAAAAAUAUACCUAAAUCAUCAAACGCUUCAUCAAAUAAUUUAUUACCGCAACCAAAGAAAAUGCCUCAACAAGAAUUAUUCGAAGUGGAAAUUCCUCAAAAUGUUGAAGCAGUUCCUGAAGUUAAAUAUGACCCUGUUCCAGAUCUUCGAAAUACAAUGCAUAAAUUAAUCGAGGAAAUAGAAAAAGUUUCAAGAGAAAUAUCAUCUGUUCAAAAAGAUAAGAAUAAAACAGAAAUUGCCAUAAGCAAGCAACAGUCUGAGCUAAAGAGAGUUCAAAACGAAAACCAGAGGGUAACCGCUGAUAUAGAAUUAAUGACUGCACAGAUAACUGAGGGUAAAGAGCAUCUCACACAAAUUGCAAAUGAAGUUGAAGCAUCAAGAAUAUCUCGCAUUGAGAAAUUACGUCAACAACAGGAAGCAAAUAAGAAUAAGAGUGCUAUUGAAGCAAAAAUUAAGAAACAAAGAGCAGAAGCUGACAGACUACAACAGCAAUAUCAACAAAUGCCAGCAGCAGAUGGAAGAGCUCAAAAAAUGAAUUCAGAAAAAUUGAACGCAAAAUCACUAUUAGAUCGCUCAAAGAAGUCUCUUAGACAAGCAAAGCUCCUGCUUGAAGAUAUUGAAAAGGCAUGCAAUCAUGAAGAAAAGAUAUAUGAACAUAUUCUUUCCGCAAAAAGCGUACCAAUCUCUCCAGAGUACCUGAAGCGUGGAAUCAAUGAGUUAUUGAACUAA